UACACUAGCACUACACAACAGCGCUGUCAACUGAAACAAAGUCGUGUCGCUCGUCGGUCUAACAAAGGAAAAUAAAUAAAUAAUUUUAAAAAACAAAGAAGACGACCCCAAACCACUGUAAUAUAAGGACAGCACUUGCUAUUGACUUGACACGGAUACCUGACAUGUCGUUGUAAUGUUGGUUGGUUAGCUAGUUAGUGUUAACCGGUCGCGGUGUGAUUUGUUUGGUCUAAAUGGACUUCCUACAAUCCGGUAUUUACUAAACUGGAUUGACUUCUGCCUGUAACUGCCCGCUACACUACACUGUUCUGGUUUUUUACAUCUUGGCGAGAUCUAAUCUGCCAACCCAGUACCAAAAUGUCAAAAUACACCACUUUUGCUGAUGCAGCUGAUGACCAUAAUCCAUUUCAGGAUGCAUCAGUGACUCAGCACAGCAGCAACACUGGCUACGCCACGCUGGACCUCUACAACCCAUUUGACAACAACACAACAGCGCCUCCACCUCCCUAUGAAGCCACAUCUCCUGCUGCACCUCCUGCCCAGACGCCUCCCAGCAGGACCACACCAACCGAGCCCAGGAAUUAUGGAUCCUAUGGAACACAGUCUGCAGUGAAUGCCACCACAGCAGAUCUUUUGAGGAAGCAGGAGGAACUAGAAAGAAAAGCAAAAGAGCUGGAGAGAAGAGAGAGAGAGCUGAAUGCACAUGCGCUUGGGUCUGGAGCCACUCGUCUGAAUAAUUGGCCCCCAUUACCCUCCUUCUGCCCGGUGGGACCGUGCUUCUAUCAGGACAUUAAUGUGGAGAUUGGCCAAAGCUUCCAGCGCACUGUCACCACCAUAUACUACUACUGGAUGUUUACAGCAUGCACUUUGCUCUUUAAUCUCAUCUCCUGUUUGGCUAUGUUCUGUGCGGAUCCCAAUAAUGGAGUUGGUUUCGGCCUUGCCAUACUCUGGUUUCUCCUCUUCACCCCCUGCUCCUUUGUUUGUUGGUACAGGCCUGUGUACAAAGCCUUCAGGUACGUACCACCAUGGUCUGUCGUGAGGGUGGGACACCUAACUUGUACUGCCACUUGA